AUGGACGUCCCUCAGUCCAACUCGAACGCGUCUCAGACUUCAGCGUCUGAGCUCCCAUCUUCGGGGUUCUCGUCAGUUGAGCCCGAACCUCUGGAUCCUUUCGCACAAUCGGCGAAGGAUUUGACGCAGCAGCCUUUCAAAACGCUUCAAAGCUUUCGAAAGGCCUUAGAACGUCGCCAUCAAGAGCUUCUAAACAACCAAACUCGGGAUCACUGGGGUCCGGUUUCGACGAAUGCAGGGCCGAGUUUUGUGGUUGAAGUAGGAUUAUCAAAGUCUGCACAACAUCUUGCGCUUGCUACGCAUGGUUGGCUCGAAACUCCCUCCUCAUCGGUGCACCUUGCGAUCACAAUCAACAUUGCACGCGAGAACCCUGAGAUUGUGCUGCACCGUUGGGAACUUACUCCCCGAAGAUAUGGUGUGCGUACAAGGUCCUCGCCUCCUUCCGCGUGUCGUACCGCAUCAAUCAGAGUAUCUCGAACGAAUAACGCAACAUCUGUCGCCGGAGAGAUCUACGUGAACGGCACAGCUACGUCUACUCGACAGCUUGAUCUACCCUUUGCCAAGAUUACUGGUCGCAAUCCUCAGCAGCCCUUGGAGAGGGACUUAAUGAUAUCCGAGCAAGCGCUGCAAAACUUUGCCGAGGGUAUAUGGCGUCGACAGGGACUUCUAUAA